ACUCCAUGUAUUACAGGAGUUUUAAAAAUUGAAGGUAAUCUUCUGAAAAAUUCAAAUCGAAUAAAAACGAUAAUUAUUCAAAAUCAGCUUUCAAAACAUUUUUAUUAUUGUUGAAUUUGUUUCAUUAUUAUGGAUUAGAAGAAAACAUGUGGAAUCGUGAAGACGAUAUUAAGAAAUAAUCGAUUGAAAAUCUAAAUUUAUAAAUAUCAUCUCGUUUAAAUCUGCAUUUCCAUUAUAUUAUGAUUCGAAAUUCGAUUGAUUGCUUUUAUAACAUACAGAGUUAUUUAACAAGCAAACCGACCACAUUUUAGAUUUUAAUUAAGACAUUUUUAAAAUUCCUACUUCUGAAAUGUUUAGAAAGACUAUAAAAAAAAUACUCUACAUUUUUAAAAAACUUUUAUAAUAUUAUACGUGCUCUAUACACAGGCAGUUGUCUAUACAUCAUUAAACAGCCGGCCACCGCCGAAUUACGUACCUACCUAAUCAUCACUUUUGGCACUUUAAUCACUGUUGUGGUUUUCUUUUGUCCCCCGCAGAUAGCGACUAAGAGAAAUUAUGGCCGAAACAGUAGCUGACGACGAGAAGGAGAUGCGGAGCCGACUGCCCAGCCAGGACGAAGGAUCAAGGCUGCUCGGCGAACCGGCCGAGGACGGCUUUUGUGAGCGAAUCAAGCCCAAAGUGAGCCUGUGCCUGGGAACCACGGCCGUGCUGUCGUUCAUGGUGUUCCUGUUCCUCGUGCCGUUCGUCGUCGACCCGGCGGUGUCCCGGCUGAUCGCCCGGUACGCGCCCGAGCCCGGCACGUGCGCGCUGCAUGAGCACGUGUUCGCAGCCGGCAUGAGCAAGUGUACGUGGUCGUCGUGCCGGGAGGGCUGUACGUCAGCCACCACGCGGUGCCAUCAGAUAACUGUCAACUAUUCACUAACGCCGUACCAACAAUACGAACAGGACCACAUGUCUCCUGAGUCACUGGAAUGGGCGGGCACGGUGGUCCGGUUUCUGGUGAACACCGAAGGGUGCGGUUACCCUCCGUUCGUCAACUGCACCACGUUCGCCUUGAAAUACGGUCACAUCGAUUUGGAGGAUAUCCCAAAGUUCGAUAGCAUCAAAGAGCCGGUGACCCGGGAACUGUACAGGCACGGUAACGAGACUUCGAUUGGGUUACCUCCACCGCCAAUGUUGUUGGAAGCGUAUGACAGCAAGCUGCAGACGACGGCAGUUGAUCGCCGGGAGCGAGAAGUUUCUGUGGCGCCGGAAGUGGCGAUGAAAGUUUUCCCGUGUUACUACAGCCGCGCUUACCCGGACAGGGUGGUGGCCGACUACGACUGGCACCACACCAUCAAGACCCUGGUGGCCGCUGUGGUCAUACCCUGGACGCUGUUCGUCCUGUCGUGCACGGUACUGUGUUACUGGUACUGUCCGGCGCUCAAGAGGGAGUUCAUGAUCGACAAGAGAAAGACGGCGGCAAUCAAAAACGAAAACCCGCAACUAGUGAUCAGGAGAAAAUUGUCCAAACGGCCAUUCAGCACAGACGAAGAAGAUGGCGAUUAUUGAUCAAUAGGCCCACACAUUUGCUAUUUAAUAAUGGCUUUUUUCAGGCACAGAAGCAAAUGCUAAAUUUUCAGUUCACUGAUUCAGUCUAACUACGUUUAUAUACUUACAUUUGUAUUCCGCUUUAACUUCACGCGGAUCUAAUUUCAAUAAUUGUGUACGCCAAAAAUUAUUUUCUAUCUCAAAAAUGUUUUUUUUUAACUUAAUACGUGUAAUAAGCCUACAAAAGCGAAUUGCUUUAGUCAUAUAGGUAAAUAAAUUAUUUUUUUAUACAUGUAUAUUUCACUUUUUAUAAUAAUAGUUUAUAUAGACGUAUAAUUAUUAUAAAUUAUAAA